AUGAUAUCCGACGUAAAGAAGAAACCAGCCUUCCUAGUAAAGGUCAAACGUAGAAUCGCAGCACUGAAAAGGUCUAUAGUCAGGUUCACGAAACGCACCGUAUCGUUCAUCGGAUGGGUACUAUGGAUCGCAGGAACAUCAGCCGUCACUUUGGUAGGGCCGGUCAUAUUCCACUACGACAAGGAGUGCCAGCUACUAGAAAUGCAACAACAGAUCUUUCAAGCACAACAGGCAGCAACAGCGCCACUACUCAAUUGA